CAGGCGCGCAAUAGCAGCCUACACGUAGCUAAGAGAGCGAGCGCGCGGAGCGGAGAAGCGCCUGGCAGACCGGAGCCUCAGCGCGAGGCAGCCAAACCGCUGUUUGUCAUUAGCUGAGAGCGUGACAGAGGUGUGACAGAGGAGUGACAGAGAAGAGAGAAAAGAGAGAAAAGAGAGAAAAGAGAGAAAAGAGAGAAGAGAGAGAGCGAGAGAGAGCGAGAGAGAGAGAGAGAGAGAGAGAGAGAGGAGUGUACGGUCCCGGUUUUAACACACACUCCGGCCUGAGGAGAGAAGAAGAAGAGACCACCGGACCCCGGGAGAGAGAGAGAGAGAGAGAGAGAGAGAGAGAGAGAGAGUGAGUGAGAGAGUGAGUGAGAGAGAGAGAGAGAGAGAGAGAGAGGGUGGGAGACUGACAGGCGUAACAGAAAGUAGAUGAACCGAAGCGUCGACAUGAGCGGUCAGUUUGAGGAAGAUAUCCACGACCGGGGCGAGAGGAAGAGCAGUAAAUCCCCGACGCUGCUCUCCUCUUACUGCAUAGACAGCAUUCUGGGCCGCAGGAGUCCCUGUAAGGUCAGACUGAUAGGGGCGCAAAGUUUGACGGGUCUGCCCGGCAGAGGAGAGCUCGACAAGACGGCUGACAGGCCAACGAAAGACCCCCUUUCUCUCAGCUCUGACAUGCACCUGCCACCCAAGCUCCGCCGGCUGUACGGAGCCGGGGGGAAGUACCUCCACGACCACGCAGAGACGCUGGACAGGGACAGCCUCAAAAUCAGCCAGGCGCCUCCGGUGAGCAUCAGUCGCAGCAAGUCCUACCGGGAGAACGCGUCGCUAAGCCGGGGAGAAGGCGACCAGAGCCCCGGGGAGGGCUCGGAGGACGGCAGCCUGGGACUGGUGGAGCUCGACCCGUUGAAAUUCGAGGAGGACGCAGGGAAGGAGGAGGAGAGCUGCGGGGACGUUGCCGCUCUGUCCCCGAAGGACGAGGAGAGAGAGAGCUUGAACGCCGGGGAUGGGGACGUGAGGGACGGGGAGGACAGCGUGUGUCUGUCGGCGGGCAGCGACUCGGAGGAAGGGAUGCUGAAACGGAAGCAGAGAAGAUACAGGACUACGUUCACCAGUUACCAGCUGGAGGAGCUGGAGAGGGCUUUCCAGAAGACACACUACCCAGACGUCUUCACCAGAGAAGAGCUGGCAAUGCGUCUGGAUCUUACCGAGGCCCGUGUUCAAGUGUGGUUUCAGAACCGCAGGGCCAAGUGGAGGAAGCGCGAGAAGGCCGGGGUGCAGGCCCACCCAUCAGGCCUGCCGUUCCCUGGCCCCUUGGCAGCGGGCCACCCUCUCAGUCACUACCUUGAUGGAGGGCACUUCCCUCCUCACCACCAUCCUGCCCUUGAGUCCGCCUGGACAGCUGCUGCAGCUGCAGCCGCUGCCUUCCCGGGCCUGGCCCCACCACCCCACAACGGCGCUGCUCCACCAUUGGCCACCCCACUCGGCCUGGGCACUUUCCUGGGCACGGCUGCCAUGUUUCGCCACCCCGCCUUCAUUGGACCCACUUUUGGCAGACUCUUCUCCAGUAUGGGUCCCCUGUCCAGUGCUUCCACCGCCGCAGCUCUCCUCCGUCAGCCGGCCCCUCCUGUAGAGAACCCCUCCCACGCGGGCCCCAUCCUCCCUGACCCUUCCUCCUCUUCCUCCGCCCCUUCUUCCGCAGCCGCAGCAGACCGCAGGGCCUCCAGUAUCGCCGCGCUGCGCCUCAAGGCCAAGGAACACUCGGCUCAGCUGACCCAGCUUAACAUCCUGCCCAACGGAGCCGCAGGGAAGGAGGUGUGCUGAACACUCAACACCAGCUCUAGACCUCCCUGUCCCGGGCUCACUUCCCAUUCCAUGAGGCCCCUGUCCCCCUCCAAAAACCCACUCGUACCUCUGGAGGCUGAUGUCCUGAUGUCCCCUUGUUCAACCAUCGCUGUUACCUCAUGUUUCCCCAACAAAACAGCACGACCAAAUUCAAAAGAGCACUGGCUAAAAAAAAAAA